GACUAUAGCCACCUGGCGGAUCCUCAAGUGUGGAUCCAUGGCGCCGUACAAAUCUUCUUCUCCUUAGGCAUCGGAUAUGGCUGCAUCAUCUCCUUUGGCUCCUUCGGCAAGAAGUCCGCCAACUUCGUGCGCGACGCCUCGGGGGUGGCUCUGACGAACUGCGGCACCUCGAUCCUCGCCGGCUGCGUGGUCUUCCCCGUCUUGGGCUUCCUGGCCGCGGAGCUCCACGAGACAGACCCUUGCAUUGCGGGUGAUAGCUUGGAGAGUCUCAAGUCCAUUGGUCUGUCAGGGACAGGAUUGGCCUUCGUGGCUUUUCCCAUCGCCAUUUCGCAGAUGCCUGGGAGCUUCUUCUUCGCCAUUUUGUUCUUCUUCAUGAUGCUGAUCUUGGGCAUCGACUCCCAAUUCGCUUACAUCGAGGCGGUGGCCACGGUGCUGUGCGAUGCGGGUGUGGGAGACCGGCUGCCCCGUUGGGCCUUGUCUGGUUUGAUUUGCUUGGUGUCAUAUCUCAUCGGCAUCUUGUUUGUGACCAAUGCUGGCGUUUACUUUCUGGAGCUGUUUGAUAACUACAUCAGCAUCUACGUGAUGUUUGCCGUCGGCGCCCUCGAGUGCAUUGGCUUGAUGUGGACACGAAGGGGUCAAACCUGGGAGCACUUCCAAUCCCUUUGCUUGGAGAAUACGGGUUUGCACUUGGGUUGGAUUUGGAAGGCCAGCUGGGGCUACAUUUGUCCCACUCUUUGUGUCCUCCUGGUGGUGGUGAGCAUCACUCCGCCCUUCGCCAAAGCCGACGUCAUGGACGCGCGCAGCUCCAAGCCCUUCCCCGAAGGUGCUGGCUGUGUGGCCCAAUGUUUUGAAGAGCAGCCAGAGAAGCGGUCCCAAGAAGCAGUCAGCCAGUGGGAAGAGGAAGUGAAAGAGAGCAAGUACUACAAGGAGUUGGUCCAGCUUCCCGCGACGAAGAAGAUCAGCCCAAGUCCAAAGGACUGGAAGUGCGAGAAGAGCGGAGACACUCAAAACCUGUGGCUCAACUUGUCGGAUGGGUACAUCGGCGGGGGUCGACGGCAUUGGGAUGGCUCUGGCGGAAGUAACGGAGCUCUUGAGCAUUUCGAGGAGGAGAAGGCCAAGGGCAACUUCUUUCCAUUGGUGGUGAAGUUGGGCACCAUCACACCUGAUGGAGCUGACGUCUACUCCUACGCUCCCGAUGAGGACAAUCUCGUGAAGGAUCCCUUGCUGGCGCAGCAUCUGGAGCACUGGGGAAUCGAUGUGAUGAAGAUGGAGAAGACAGACAAGACCUUGGCCGAAAUGCAGGUGGACCUGAACCUGAACUACGACUGGUCCAGGAUUUGCGAGUCCGGGGACAAGCCACUGGUUCGUGUGCGGGGUCCUGGGCUGGUGGGCUUGAAGAACUUGGGGCAGUCAUGCUACAUGAACUCCUCCGUUCAAUUGCUGCUGGGCUUGCCUGAAGUGAAGCAGCGCUACAUGGAUGCUGACUUUAAGAUUCGCAAGUCGGCACCUUCGGAUCUUCAAAACGAUCUCAUCGGUCAGGUGGCCAAGUUGGCCGAUGGCCUCAAUGGCUCUCGGUAUGCUCCGCCCUUGAAAGAAGGUGAAGAUGAGGAGGACCCCAAGCACGUCAUCGCGCCCCAGAUGUUCCGCACGCUGAUUGGGCGAGGGCAUCACGAAUUCAGCAGCUCCAGGCAACAAGAUGCCGCGGAGUUCGUGCAGUACUUCCUGGAGCAACUGACGCGCGCCGAGCGUAGUGCACUGGGCUCCCGGCUGUCCGGCGACCGCCCAAGCACCAGCAUGUUCAGCUUCUCCGUGGAGGAGCGACUUCAAGAAAGCACUGGAAGUCGCCGUGUGAAGUACAGCCGUGUGCAGCAGAACAUGUUGGGGAUUCCUGUCAAGCUGGAGGAUGCGGACAACCUCGAAGAGGUGUUGGCGUUCAAAGCCUCAAAGGAGAAGGAUGAGAGUGACGCAAAGAAGCUCAAGACCGAAGGCGUUGAAGAGCCCAAGCCUCUCAUCCAACUCUCGAAAUGCCUCGCGCGCUUGGCGGCCCCUGAGGAAGGCAUCCAGUUUCGAGGGACCUCCGCCUCCAAGACGUCCGGCGCCCUGUUUCACAGGGACCGGGGGCUGGGGGCUCGGACUAUUUUGGUGAAAGAGCUUGGUGAAAGGUGUGACUUGGAAAGCUUGGGGUUCGGAGGAUCAAAUCUGCAAAGCGCAUGCAACGCCUUGGUGCCCUAAACGUGUACGAAACAAGGAGGAGAGUCGUGGAUUUGCCAGGCCUGGGAGUCUGGGUUCAAUGGUUGUGCUUCACAAGAUUUUGCCAACCUAUUAUUACUUAUUUCGGCACGAAUCCAGGUUGGGAGCCUUUGGCAAGAGAUGGAUCUAGAAGAGGUGGACGCAUGCGAUGGUGAGGCAAAAGCUUUCAAUUGGUGCCAUCAAUCAGGGUUGGGGCCCCAUGUUGAAGGCAGAUGAUCGCCACAAGAAAGUUCAAUGAACCUGGAGGCAACAAAAAUCCGUUAAUUGUGAACAAGUGCAGCUGUCAAUCGGAUGUCCGAUUUCAUGAUGCAAACAAAAGUUCAAACCCUUGAAGGACAUUAACACAAUGC